AUGGAGGAUACCAUAGGAGUACCUAUCUCACGUUUUACCUAUCAGCAACGCUUUCAAACAUUUCACGCACUCAAAACACUCUGUUCAAUUGGUCUCAGAGGCAUCAAAUUAUUCGACAUCACCGAAUCACUCAUCAUCUCACGCAUCAAAUAUGCAGCUCCCUCCUGGUCAGGUUUUGCCACGCAACAACAACUUCAGCAGCUACAAUCUCUCAUCAAAAAACUAAUUCGCUUCAACUACCUACCUGCAUCAUACCCUACCGUCACCCAGAUAUUCAACACACUUGAUUCAAGGCUGUUCAAGAAAAUAGAAAAUAACAACAACCACCGCAGACAUAACUAUCAAGUCGUCGCCCAAUCUACAUACCAGGAAAAGACCUUCAUCACAAGACACCUCAAACAUAUUAGCACUUGA